GGACCUCCUGUCGGAGAGUGAAGCUCCGCUGGUUUCAAUGAAAGAGGGGGAGAAGAGUAAUGCAGAGGGAUGUAAGAUGGCAGAGCUACAAAUGUUGUUAGAGGAAGAAAUCCCAGCUGGAAAAAGAGCCCUUGUGGAGAGCUACCAGAACCUUUCAAGGGUUGCGGAAUAUUGCGAGAACAAUUAUGUGCAGGCACAAGACAAGAGGAAAGCCCUCGAGGAGACCAAAGCCUACACCACCCAGUCCCUGGCGAGCGUGGCCUAUCAGAUCAAUGCCUUAGCCAACAAUGUGCUGCAGCUGUUGGAUAUUCAGGCUUCACAGCUGCGCAGGAUGGAGUCCUCCAUCAACCAUAUCUCUCAGACCGUGGACAUUCAUAAAGAGAAAGUUGCCAGACGAGAGAUCGGGAUUCUUACCACCAACAAAAACACAUCUCGGACCCACAAGAUCAUCGCCCCGGGCAACAUGGAGCGACCCGUGCGCUACAUCAGGAAGCCCAUUGAUUACACCCUGCUGGAUGAUGUGGGUCACGGUGUUAAGUGGCUUAAAGCAAAGCAAGGGAAUAACCAGCCGGCUCGGGGAGGUGGAGGAACAUUAUCCAGGACCAACCCACCAACACAGAAGCCCCCAAGUCCACCCAUGGCAGGGAGAGGGACCCUAGGACGAAACACUCCAUAUAAGACUCUUGAGCCAGUCAAGCCUCCUGUGGUGCCUAAUGACUACAUGACCAGUCCAGCACGUCUAGGGAGCCAGAACAGCCCAGGACGCACAGCCUCACUCAACCAGAGACCCAGAACACACAGUGGCAGUAGUGGGGGCAGCGGCGGUCGGGAGAACAGCAGUAACAGUAUGGGAAUCCCUCUGGCCGUGCCUACACCCUCCCCUCCCAGUAUGGCACCAGUAGUUCCUCCAGGUCCAGGUCUGGGCCCAAUCCCAAUGUCUCAGUUUGGAACAAUUUCCCGGCAGAUCUCCAGACACAAUUCCUCCACCACUUCCUCCUCCGCCUCUAUGGUGUCAGCCACCGGGACCUACCGCCGCGCCCCUGCCAGCUCCUCCCAGUUCUCUGUGCCUCAGCCCCACCUAAACGGGGGUCCCACAUUCCCCCAGACCACAAUGUCUGUCGCUCCACCCCCUCCUCCAGUGGUGCAGCUGACGCCCCAGAUUCCCCUCACUGGCUUCGUGGCCAGAGUUCAGGAGAACAUAACAGACAGUCCAUCUCCACCGCCGCCGCCUCUUCCUGAGGACACGCCCUUGUUUGAGGAAGCAGCCCCGCCCCCUCCACCUCCACCUGUGGAUUACGAUGAAGAAGAUGCAGCUCUGGUGCAUUAUAAUGACCCCUAUGCGGAUGGAGACCCCCACUGGGCCCCAAAAUCCUACAUGGAAAAGGUGGUGGCCAUCUAUGACUACUCAAAAGACAAAGAUGAUGAACUGUCCUUCAUGGAGGGCGCCAUCAUCUACAUCAUCAAGAAGAACGACGACGGCUGGUUCGAGGGUGUGUGUAACGGUGUGACCGGACUGUUUCCUGGUAACUACGUCGAAUCCAUCAUGCACUACGCUGACUAAUACCCAAUCCCAGAGACAUGCAGCGCAGCCAAUCAGUUACAAGCAUUGCAAAGUGCAUUAGGAUAUGACUGAAUGUCUGUUUUUGUCCAAUCGCCAAUGUAUCAAGCCUCUACAGUGCUCACUGUUUGAGGAAACGGGGCUCGUAUCGCCUCCGCAAAGAAACAAACAAGUCUCAAUUCUUUCUGGUUAGGUUGCCUCAUGUGUUUUGUACAUAUAUUGCAGUGACACGUUGCCUGUAGGCUGUUGCUAGUGUUUGUUUUGUGCGUGUUUCGUCAUUGUACUGAGAUCGUAUUUGCCAAGUGUCAGCCAGGGCUAGUUAGUUUUUAUUUUUUAUCAUUCUUUUCUUGCUCAUCUUUAUUUAAACUCUAAUGCUCUUCCUUUGUGUGAGGAGGACGUGUUUGAAUGUCAUUAUUAGGUAAAAAAAAAAAAAAGACAAUGACGUCUUUAUUUACAUUUCGCCUUCAGGAGUUGUUGAUACUUUUUAUAGUUUUACCUUAUGACUGUAAGGUGAUUGAAAAGACAAAUGCAGUAAUGUGCAGAGAUUCUCCUGCAAAUCAAACUUAAUUUAAUAUGAACCUGUAUAGAAUUUGUCCACGUUAUUUGACCCCAAAAUUAAAAAAUAUAUAUAUUUUGCUUACUCACAAUAAUCCCUAUUUUACGCAUGAUGACAUUCAUAAAAUUAAGCACAUUUUCCCCAAAACUCUUAUUAGCUUAAUGCAAAAAAAACAUGUUACUCUAACACUGUGUCCUAUCUACAUCCACCAUGAUGCCACGACAUUAAAUUAAAAGGUGUCUUUUUCAUCUUAAAAGGAGUUUUUGGUUUAAAGGGCGCGAAACCCUUACACACUUCCAGAUGUUGACAGACAGAUAUACAGUUGAAGUCAGAAUUAUUAGCCCCCCAUGAUUGUUUUUUUUUUUUUUCAAGUGACGUUUAACAGAUUCAGGAAUUUUUUUACAGUAUGUCUGAUAAUGUUCUGGAGAAAGUCUUAGUUGUUUUAUUUUGGCUAGAAUGAAAGCAGUUUUUAAUUUUUUUAAAAACCUUUUAAGGUCAAAAUUAUUAGCCCCUUUAAGCUAUUUUAUUUUAAUUUUUCGAUAAUUCAGGGGGGCUAAUAAUUCUGACUUCAACUGUAUGUGCCACAUUGCUGAAAACACUAUUAUGGCAUAUAUAAUUCACUAACGACUGAAAAUUGGUUGUUUUUGCGUUGUCUAUACCAAAUUCGUACUUCCGGUUUAUCAAGAAAUUUUGAAGCAACCUCACGACGAUGAGGUCAUAGCUUAAUUCCAGCUUGCUGAUUGGCCAGCAGUACCGGCCAGUGCAUAGUGACGUCAUUGAGUUUUCAGCAUGCCUGUGCAAUAAUUCAUGAGAAAGACAAAUGACAAGCGACAGACCGGAAGUCAUUCAUUUCCAAUGGAGAGUAGUCCGGGGGCUGCGUGGAGUUGCGAUGAUCGCUAUAUAUGGAAAAUUCGGAUUCGAUUUGAGCUGCGGAUUCGUUCAAAUAUUUGAACUCCUGCGACUAGACCGUAUGCAACCGGUCGACUGGAUGUGAUGUAUUCCAGUGUUGUCCGAGCAGAUAUGUGCACGCGAGAUGAGAAAUAGUAGUUUUAUUUGUUCUUUUUUGAAUCAGAAAAAAGGUUUAUAUUAAAGAACCAUCUCUAUUUAUAAAUGAGCAGAGAUGUAUAAAGUACUAUAGACCCAGACUUGAGUAAAAGUACAAGUGCUUUAUCAAAAAAGUGACUUAAGUAGAAGUUGAAGUGCUCUUAAAGCACCAUACUUAAGUGG